CAGAAGCUCAUGGGCAGGCGGGAGGGCGGGGCCGGGCUGGAGGCUGGGGUGCCGCCUCCUCUGCAUUGCCGGGGCCAGAAUAUUAAAACGGAGGGCCCACAAGGGUCCCCGAAGCGGCUGCGAUGCAGAAAUACGAGAAACUGGAGAAGAUUGGGGAAGGCACCUACGGAACCGUGUUCAAGGCCAAAAACCGGGAGACUCAUGAGAUCGUGGCCCUGAAACGGGUGAGGCUGGAUGACGAUGAUGAGGGAGUGCCGAGUUCUGCCCUUCGGGAAAUCUGCCUACUCAAAGAGCUGAAGCACAAGAACAUUGUCAGGCUCCAUGACGUCCUGCAUAGCGACAAGAAGUUGACUUUGGUUUUUGAGUUCUGUGACCAGGACCUUAAGAAAUAUUUUGACAGCUGCAAUGGUGAUCUAGAUCCUGAAAUUGUGAAGUCAUUCCUCUUCCAGCUGCUAAAAGGCCUGGGAUUUUGUCACAGCCGAAACGUGCUGCACAGGGACCUGAAGCCUCAGAAUCUGCUCAUAAACAGGAAUGGGGAGCUGAAAUUGGCUGAUUUCGGGUUGGCUCGAGCCUUUGGGAUCCCUGUUCGCUGUUACUCAGCUGAGGUGGUCACGCUGUGGUACCGCCCACCGGAUGUCCUCUUUGGGGCCAAGCUGUACUCCACGUCCAUUGACAUGUGGUCAGCCGGCUGCAUUUUUGCAGAGCUGGCCAAUGCAGGGAGGCCUCUCUUCCCCGGCAACGAUGUAGAUGACCAGUUGAAGAGGAUCUUCCGACUGCUGGGGACACCGACUGAGGAGCAAUGGCCCGCCAUGACCAAGCUGCCGGACUAUAAGCCCUACCCGAUGUACCCGGCCACAACCUCCCUGGUGAACGUCGUACCCAAACUCAAUGCCACAGGCAGGGACCUGCUGCAGAACCUCCUGAAGUGCAACCCCAUCCAGCGCAUCUCGGCAGAGGAGGCUCUGCAGCACCCCUACUUCUCCGACUUCUGCCCCCCCUAGGCUCUGGGACCCUGGGCCGCCAGGCUGGGGCCUGGCCUGUUUUCAGCCCCCUCCCGGGAGGGGAGGAAAGCAAGGACGCACAGUGUGCUGAGCUCCAGCUGUGCUGGGCCCACAAGGGUGGAGGCGCCCUCGCCUGGGUUCUCUCUCCCUCUACAGACUUUAUUUAAUUUCAUAAAUUGGCUCCUUUCCCACA